CGCUACAAAAAUGACUCCAAAAUCGCCGAUUAAUGAUCGAACUACUUUUGCGAACAUUUGUCACUUAUUAUUUACAUCCGAAUUUGAAAAUGAAACUGAAGCUGAAACUGAAAACUAUUUGACAACAGACAGCCAAUUUAAAACUGACAAGCUGAAAAAGUGCGUUCGUGAAGAGAGUGUUCGUUUACGCUACUGCUCAAUGUUUGAACGUACUUUAGUUUGCAAAUUAUUAUCGUAGUAUAUUGUAAUUUACAUUGAUGUUGCCUCACAUUGAAUCAUACAAUUCUAGGGAUAUACAAACAGAGAGAAAUACAGCAUAGAUUGGCCAAUAAACAUAACAAAUAUUCGGUUGUAAAUGUAGAACAAACCUGGAGAGAAUCUGUGCAUCAGUUUGUUUUAGGUCCCGGACUUGCAAUCAUCAUGUUUGAUCGUUUGAUAGAAAUUAAUAGAAAAGAUUUGCUUGCACUCAAAAAUCUAUACUCGCCCGAUGGAUCCAAAAGCUAUAUUGCAUACACAACUCUUGAUAAUUACAUUCGAUGGUUUGAACAAGACCCAUGUAUCAAGCACAUUAGUGCGUUCUGUUUGAAUGGAGAUUUUUCAGAUGGUACAUUUGUGAUCACCGACCGUUGUUCAAUUUAUGUUGAUACAUUUAACGAAAAUCUCGAUAAUCUUCUGCGUUUGCUGAAGUUGAUUGAUUAUUCGAAAGGUUAUGAUUUUUUAAGUGUAAGACCUGCACUUCGUCCCAUCGUAAGGGAAGCACUUUCAAGCAUUUCGGUUGAAAUUGUCACCGAUGAACCAACUUUGUUGUGCUACAUGCGCAAAGAAGAAGCCUUGAAAAUCAAAGUGCAUCCUCCAGAUGGUAUUCAGUUGCGCCAAAUCACAAAAGAUUCGGACAUUGAGAAAGUGAAUGCAGUUUGGCCAGAGCGUAAUGAAAACAGUUUUCAAUUUUUGAAACGGAUGAUAAUGAACAACAUCUGUAUCGGUGUGUUCAGAGAGGAAGACGGACGACUGUUAUCAUGGAAUUUAAGACUUCCCACGGGAUUGCUCGGUGUACUGCAAACGGAUCAAGAAUUUUAUGGACGUGGCUAUGCUACUCUUGUUAAAAAGGCAAUUGCACGAAAAGUUGCCGAAUCAGGUGAUGAUAUUUAUUAUGAUAUCUUUGCAAACAAUACAGCAGCUAGAAAUUUGGCCAAUAAACUUGGAUUUAAAAUUAUUGGAGAAGUGUAUUGGAUAGCAACCAAAAUUACAUGGACCACGGAUGAUGAAUAAAUUCAAUUUGAUUUUUGAUCGAAGAAAACAAACAUAAAUUGUAACAAAAACAAAUAUCAUUUAUAUCAGACGAAAAACCUCUAGACGUGGUUAAAAUGGAGUGACGCUCCUGUGAAUGGAUUUAACACUCAAAAUGACUGAUAUCAUUUUGAGUGACGCUAGGACGCUGUAUUAUUACUGGGUACGAAGUUCAAAAGUGUUUUUCGCAUUCAAUAUUGUGAAAAUUUAUUUACAAUAAGGGACAAUAUCGCGUCACGACUUUUGAAUUUAGUCUCAAAGUGAAACUUUAAAGCGUUUUGCCGUCCAAAAGUCGUGACGUCACUCCAUUUUGACCACAUCUAGAGGUUUUUCAUCUGAUAUCACUACUUUUGUAAGGCAAAUAUUUUCGGGAAAAUACACUUCUGCCAGAUAAAUGUCAUAUUAUUAGAAAUAUGCUAUUUUUUCGUACAACAUUUGCAUCCCUAUUUCACAAAUUCUGGAAAUAGUAAAUUCCACUUACAUCCAAAAUGUCCCAUAUCUCCCUAAUUUCACACUGUAAAAUGCGAUAAAAUUUCAAAUAGCCAUAAAAGAAAUGUUGAAGUAAUUGUGGAUCCUUAUUAUUUCAAUAAAAAAUAAUUAUUCUCAACUACCAAAGCUCUGGGAAAUGCGUUUUUUAUGUAUACCCCGAACAAAAAUUUAAUUUCAUACAUUAACCCUUUAUCACAUAUCGCUUCCCAAAGUAACCAGAUACGCCAGACGCAAUAGCUAUGGACCCAUUGGAUAUUUUUGCAUUCUUGUUUGGAAACAAAUGUAGGGAAUUGAACUAGCUUUCAUUUGAUACUUUACAGGCUACAAUCGGUAAGC